AUGGGUUAAGCAAAUUGUGCAUGUGUAAAGACAGUUAAUUUUGACCAUAAUCAAAUCGAAAGUGAUAAGAAAUUAAAAGUGAGUAGAAAAGCAAAUUCUAUGGAAGAUGAAGAGUUAAAAUUAUUAAGAUGCAUAAUAAAAAUAUAAGCAUUAUUGAGAGGAUGGAUAAUAAGAAAGAAAUAUCAUUAUGUUUAAAUUUAAUUAUACAAUUCUAAAGUGAACAAUAUUUUAAAAUAGUUUACUUUAACUCAUUUAUCAAAAUUUAGCAAAGUAUAAUAUAGUAAAAGCAAUUAAUAAAUAGAUGGCACCAUUUCCUUUUUCAGAAUAUAGAUAUUUAGAUAAUGAAAGUGAGACAUAUGAAAAUAGAUUUUUUAGAAAUGCUGUUUUAUUAGAUAAUGGAGCAAUUUAUAUAGGAGAAUGGUCAGGUAAUAAGAAAUUUGGAAAAGGUAUAUAAAUAUGGAAAGAUGGAUCAAUAUAUGAAGGUUUUUGGAUUCAAGAUAUGGCAAAUGGAAAAGGAAGAUUGUAUCAUGCUAAUGGAGAUAUAUAUGAUGGAGUAAAAUUAAAUAAUAAUAAUUAGGAUUGGGAAGAUCAUAAAUCAAAGGGUUAUGGAAUUUAUAUUCAUUCUGAUGGAGCAAGAUAUGAAGGUAAUUGGAAUAAUGAUUAAUAAAAUGGAUUUGGAAUAGAAAUAUGGCCAGAUGGAGCAAAACAUGAAGGAGAAUAUUAGAAUGGAGUAAAACAUGGAAAAGGAAAGUUUGGUAAUCAUUUUUAAAUAAAGAUUUUAGUUUGGGCAGAUAAAGCAUCUUAUUGUGGUUAAUUUUUAAAUAAUUAAAUUAAUGGGAUUGGUCGUUAUUGUUGGCCAGAUGGUAGAAAAUAUUGUGGAGAAUGGUUAAAUAAUAAAAUGCAUGGAAUAGGUUUAUUUUAAUGGAGUGAUGGAAGAGUUUAUAUAGGUGAAUAUGCAGAUGAUUAAAAACAUGGAUAAGGAAUUUUUGAAUGGUAAUUGUAAUUAUUAUUUAAGGCCUGAUGGUAAAAAAUAUAUUGGAUAUUGGUCUGAAGGUAAAUAAAAUGGAAAAGGAAUCUUUAUUGCUGGUUAAUAAAGAAAAUAAGGAGAAUGGAAAAAUGGUAAUAGAGAAAGAUGGAUUAUUUUUGAUUCAGAUAAUGAAUUAGAUUUAAUUGAAAAAAAAAUGAUUCUACAUAAAGUUUAAUAUUCUUAAAUCACUGAUACAUAACUUUUAGAUAAAUCAAAAAAGGCUCUACCAUUACCAAAUAAUUCUUUAAUUAAAGGAGAGAAAUUUAAACCUCUACAAAAUCAUAAUUCUUGA